CUGAAGUCGAAGAGAACUAUGGUCAGACAGAUUCGCCUUCUCCCAAACACAAUCGCCAUUAUUCGCCCGCUUUUUGUAGCGACUCUUGCUUAAAAGGUCAUAUAAAGGCGUAUUGUUGUCCAUUGGACUCGAUACAAAAAUGAACUCUGAGGAAGAGAUUUGCCGGGUUUGUCGGUGUGAAGGAACCGAAGAUUCACCAUUAUUCCAUCCUUGUAAAUGCACAGGAAGUAUUCGUUAUGUUCAUCAAGAAUGUUUGGUAGAAUGGUUAGCUCAUAGUAAAAAGAAGCAUUGUGAGCUGUGCAAAUCACAAUUCAGAUUUACGAAAAUUUAUUCGGAUACCAUGCCCCAAUCUAUUCCCUUUUUUGUACUUUGUAAAAAGGUUAUUGUGACUAUGCAGAAGAAGCUUUUUUUUAUUUCUAGGGUUUUACUGGCAUUGUUUUGUUGGACUGUAUUACUUCCUUUAAUACUACAAUAUGUAUGGAGUUUAAAUUUGAAGUUAGGAGAUGCUUAUACCUUUGCUUCUGCAAAUACAACUUCAAUUCGGGACAAAAACACGCCUGGCUACUUUGAAUCUAUAUCUGCUAUCACAUCUGUACCUCGUUUAAAUAUGUUGAUCGCGAGCACAGCUCAAGGACAAGUUUUAACUUUCUCCGUGACAUUUGUUUUGAUUACUGCAUUUCUUGUUCGUGAAUGGGUUUUACAGAAUGCAGUCCACGUGGUUGAUGAACUUCAGGGACAACAAUUUAAUGACCUUGAUGAAAAUAACCAAGCUGCUGCCCGAAAUAUGCGAGAGGUACAAGAAGCUCGUCAGAGGCUUGCUGUUGUAAUGGAUCAUUUGCGUGAACGUCAACUCCAACGCAACGAAGAACUUCAGCGUAAUGGUAGAAUUGAAGAACUGGAUCGUGCUCGCCGUCGCUUUGCCUUGCUUGAGAAUAAUAUUCGAGAUGCUGCAAAUACUAUGGUGAAUGUUCCCGAUGGAAAUGGAGAUGAUGAUCUCCCAGAAGGUGAUCGAUUUCCAAGAGUGAAUCCGUUCGCACCUCAGAGGCCCCAAAAUGGAAUUGAUAGUAUGGGGUAUAAUCGCAUACAGCCUAUUCCCGGAUCUGGUCCUCGCUCUCAAGCAUCUUCUAUGAAUUUAAAUGAAGCAAAUAACGAUAAUUUGAAUGUGGCUGCUGAUGAUUCUGCAACGAGCUCUCCCGCCUUAUCAGAUUCUGGAAAUGAAGAUAAUCAUUCGCCAGAGCUUCCCGAGAGCAUCCGUGAGGUUCAACCGGAGCCAGCAAAUGUUGACGAUAAUCACGACAUCGGGGCCGAAGCUGUGAGGAAUGCUGUUUUAGAAGCCCAAAACCAGGCUGUGGCUGAUGAAGACGUUAAUGCUGCUGCCCGAGCUGCUCAGAUCGCUCAUGCUGAUGAUGCUGACGACUUCGAUGGAAUCUUUGAAUUUCUUGGCCUCCGUGGUCCAGUCUUAGGAUUUUUACAGAAUUGUUUUGUGAUCGCUUUUGUUGUAUCCAUUUUUUUGACCAUUGUUAUUGGUGUACCAUAUAUGACUGGAAGAGUAUUUGUUGAAUGGACUCUAUUCUUUGUUCAACGACCCACUGUCAUCUUAAAGUUUUGCUGGGUUAUUUUGGGAACUAUCUCAGACUGGACACUAGGAGGUCUUUUCAACUUGUCUAAGAUAUUACUCAGACUUCCUGGUAUAUCUUCGGUUGGAAAGUCUUUUGGUAUUUCAAGCUUUUUCGAUAUGUCAUAUGACCAAGUAAUCCAAAAUUGCACAACAUUCUUUCAUGAUAAGUUCUACUCUUCUUUGAGUAAUUUUAACGGUAUACUUACGUUCCACUUGGAUACAGUGCAAAAGAAGUUUAUCGAAACGUUUUCUUUAUUCCCUGUCUUCCGGGUUUCUCAUAUGUUUGCCAAAUUGUUGAAAAGCUUUGUCCAGAAUUACUCCACACGACCUGUUGACCGUGUCUUUACAUUAAUGGUUGGAUAUAGCUUAUUUUCAUCCCUUGGAGUAUCGUAUCUGAAUAGAAAACAAUUUCUAUUUAAGGAUCCACAAAUUAGAAAUGUUGAACUUGCGUUUCGUGAGGGUCUACGCCAAUGCGGUUCUAUAGUGAAGUUUACUAUUAUAUUUUCCAUAGAAUUAGUUGUGUUCCCUAUAUUCUGUGGUAUUUUGUUAAGUCUUUGCGUGAUUGGAACCUUUAAAAAUAUGACUUUUGAAACUCUAUGUAGUGUUAUGUCGGACCAUCCAUUCCCUGGAACUUUUUUUGCUUGGUUUAUUGGUAUAACGUUUAUGUUUGAGUUUGCCGUAUUUAUAUCUAUGAUUCGAAAAAUUGUUCGUCCUGGUGUUUUAUUUUUCUUGAGAGACCCUAACGAUCCUCAAUUUCACCCCAUUCGGGAAAUAUUGGAAAAACCGAUGCUUCUUCAGUUAAAGAAGAUUGGGUUUAGUGCAAUCCUCUACUUCAGUUUCAUACUGGGAUGUGUUGGUAGUGUCAUCCAUAUUUUGAAAAUGACCGGUAUGGUGUUUCCCUUGAGAUUUACCACCAAGCCAGUUGUUUUUGAAGCGCCAAUUGAUUUGCUGGCUUUACAAGCAUUGAUACAUGUUAGUAUAAAGCUUUUUAAACCAAUGGAUCUGAUGCGUUUUGUAUGGCGUUCCCUGAUAAGCUUCCUGUGUCGAGGUUUACGAUUAUCGUCGUAUGUAAUGGGCGAACGUUAUAAGGAUGAAGAGGGAUAUCAUCCAUCAAAGAACUUAUCAUUUAUUCGAAGAUUGUUUAGUAAACCACCAUCAGUUGGUAUUGAAACCGAUCCUGAAGAUGAAAAGGUGAACGAGAAGGAUUCUGAGGAUGUGCUAGUAUUUGAUGGAUGUUUUUUAAGAUGUCCUUCAAAGGAUGUCGUUCCUGUCCAUUCAGGUGCUAUGUUGAUACCCAUAACAAAGGAUGGUUACCGAUUACCUGAGAAGAAAGAAAAAAUUGAAGACAAUCCUGAUUAUACGACUGCCUAUGCUCCUCCCUAUUUCUAUAAGCGUUUGAUUGCCUUGCUUUUCUUCUGUUGGUUAGUGUCUGUUAUAACAACCGUAUCUUUGGUAUUUUUCCCCUUGUCUAUCGGACGUGUUUUAUUUAAAGCAUUGUUUCCCUCUACUUUUGAGCAUGACUUUUAUACAUAUAUCAUUGGUUUCUGCGCUUUAGUUUUCCCCAUGUAUUCGGUUUACUACGUAACUAAGCAUACGGAUUCAAUACAGCGAGUCAGUGAAUACGCAAAGUUAGAAACUCUUAGACGUUUUUUGACAAAAUACGUUAAGUGGGGAACGUUAUAUCUUUUUACUAUCGUUGUUCUUCCCAUUUUGACCGGUGUAGUGUGGGAAUUAUAUGUCUUUAUUCCGUUUAGAAUGCUUUUUAGUAAAGGAUCUUUGACAGUGGAUGCACUUCAAAGCUGGAUUAUCGGCGUGUUUGUGGUCCGUAUCUUGUAUUACUUUGCAUCCUCCAAUGAAGACCGAGCUUUAACUAGAGCGUUAAGAGAGGCUCGACGUGAUCCAAACGAUCCCCAGAUUCGAGAAUUGAUGACUAAAUACGUAUUACCGUUCACAUCUGGCUUGAUACUGGCGAUUACUUUCCCAAGUUUGCUUACUUACUUGACCUAUCCUUUCUUGUCUUCAGUCCUACCUAUGUUCUCGAAAACAGAGUUUUAUCGCAUGAUGCAUCCUACAUUUUUAGGAUUUGCUGUUUUAGCGGUAAUUUGUCGUCGUUUGUCAGAAUUGAGCAGCAAGUGGUCCCAAGGCAUCCGGGACGAAAUGUAUAUGGUAGGAACAAGACUGCAUAAUUAUGAUGACCACGAGUCUUCAAGGGCGACUGUUUCAGAGCAUUAAAAAACAUAAAAUAAAAAAAAAAUGGACGAUUUCUAGUGCUUCAGUCUCUAUAAUUCUACAAGAAACAUAUAUAGGGAAUAUGGAAACAAGGAAUCAGAUGUUUGAAAAUGUACAUUAAUAUUUGGUAUUAUGAUAGUUUUAUAAAAGGUCCUUUGUCAACUAUAGAAAGUGAAUUAUAAUUUUCAUUCGCAUUUUUUAUAAUUUGCUGCAAGUUAUUUUCUUUAAUCUUGCGUAUAUAGAAC